UACCUGUACUGCAUAUUCGGAACGGAUCAUUUUUAACAUAAGAUACUACUGGGUGCAUUACUUCAUACAGAGUUACUUCAUACAGAGUUUUCUCAAAUAUGAAAGAGGAAGUUUCAAAAAUAGUAUAUGUAAAAGAAAAAACAUUUUCCGGACAGUCCAAAAGUUGUUAUUUAACAUCAGCCUCUCAGCACGCUGCAAACAUCUACUACUACUUCUCCUACGCUAGUGAAUAAGAGUUUCAGCUACAAAAGGUCAGACUUACUUGCAAGGUGAAAUAUUUUCUUUUUCUGUUUUUAUUGGAGGAUACUUGGACUCUGAUAAGCAAUUUGAGAUUCAGUGUUCACUGUUCCACUGUUUCCUACCACAAGGUGGCGCACAAAUAAAAUGGCUGACGUCCAACCUCGCUCAGGCAAUGAAAGCCUUCAAUGCAAACCAGACGAAACAUACAAAUAUCAUGUAUACACUGCUAUCUACUCUGUUGUGUUUAUUUUUGGGCUGAUUUUUAAUAUAGCAGCCUUGUAUGUGUUCUGUUUUGUCAGCAAAAAGAAGGGGAAUGUAACAAUAUGCCUGCUGAACCUCGCAGUUGCAGAUCUCACCUUCAUAUGUUUCCUGCCAUUAAGAAUAUCCUAUUAUGGAAAUAACGCUACAUGGAUAUUUGGGGACGCGCUUUGCCGUAUUACCACGUACUCAUUUUAUUUCAGCAUGUACGCCAGCGUACUCUUCUUGGCCUGUCUCAGUUGCUUACGAUAUUUCUCUGUGGUGUUUCCAGACAGCAUAAGUGUUAAGACAACCAUUAAACUAUGUGCGUGUGUUUGGUUAUUUUCAGGAGCCAGCACCUCGCCCUUUUUUCUGUCAGGAACUCAAAUUCGUGAAAAUGUGACAAGGUGUUUUGAGCCUUCGGGUCAGCUUUCUUGGACUAGGGUCAUGUACAUGAACUAUUUUGCUUUGAUUUGUGGAUUUGUCAUACCAUUUUUGGCUACUGUGAUAUUUAAUGGGUUACUCAUUAGGCAUAUUAGGCAAAUACCCAUGGAGAAAAAGAAUAUUAGAAAAGUAAUCAUCAUGAUUGUCCUUGUCCUUUCAGUGUUCUCUCUCUGUUUUUUACCCUACCACAUUCAAAGAACAAUACAUCUCCAUUAUUUGGUUCAUCACCCAAACAUCUGCAGCUUACAUGCUGUCCUUCAGAGAACCGUUGUUGCAACUUUGUGUUUGGCUGUUCUAAAUAGUUGUCUGGAUCCGCUUCUCUAUGUAUUUGUAGGUCAUGGGUUCAAGCCGUGGCUAGAGUUUAUAUGCAAGUCUAAGACUGUGUUGUACUUAAUUCCUACCUCAACUGAUAUUGGGGACCAGCAAUUGACAGAAGUUCAAAUGGAGGCAAUGGUUAAAGGAUAUGAAUGAAGUAUUGUAAAGAAAUCAGUACAACCCUCUUAUUAGGGCUCAUUUACUAUGCAUGGUGUAAUGUACCAAGAUGCCAAGCUGAAAGUUGGAACUGACUCUAAAUGCGACAUGUCCCCUAGCUUGUAUUAUGGCGCUUAUAUGCGCAUAACGAGUGGGUGCCACAACUUGUUCAUUAUGUGCUUGUGUGUGAUGUAGCUGGGUUAGUCACAUCCACCGCUCGUAUGUAACACGCAUGAGCGCAAAAAAAGUGUAAUAAGAUCAAAAGUGUUUAGUGGUUUUAGAAUUAUUUGUAAGUAUAGUGCCUAUGGAAAGCAGUGCUCUCUUUACCUCCUGUACUGGUUAAUAUUUGUAUGUUAUCUAUAUGUCUGAUUUAUAUACCCAUCUAUUGUACAUUGUUGUCAAAUACACUGGUGUUUUAUACAUAUUUGUUAAUAAUAA